GUAUACGUCAUGAAUUACUUCCCUUGAUCAAUGUCCGAAAUAUUUGACCUUUAUCAUAGAUUUAACACUGUACACAGGUUUGGUUAAACUGACAAAAUAAUACCAAAUUCAACGGAAUAAGAUAUGUGGAUAUUUCAAAUUCACCAUUGUGUUUGGAUUAAAUAAAGUUCUACCAUACUGAGCAACCUAGAGCUGUAUGUCCUAGAUUUUAACACGUUCUAUCUUUAGUUACGUAAUGCAGUGGGAAACUAUAAAGUAGAUUCUACAGAAACGUACACGGAUUUAUUCGAUUUAAUUAUAAGGCCUGAUUAUUUUCUAGUUUCGCUUUAAUUAUUAAUAAUAAACUGCUGAUAAACAUGGGCGGUACAGGGGGAAAGAUAAACAAAGAUGAGAAUGGCAUCGAUCCGAAAAGUUUUGAAGAAAAUGGAUUAGUACAACCUAUAUUUGAAAAUGGACGUUUCAAAAAUCCGUUCGAUACGUUCGAAGAAAGGACAUUGACAGAUGUUUUUAAGAUGAUCAGGUCUGAGGACAACAGUAAAAUACCAUGGAAAAAUAAAGAGGAACUUGACAGAACAUUACCAGUUGUAACACCAGAUUUUGAGAAGUUGAGGAACCCUCCAAACGGCAACGUUCAGCUAAUGUGGGCCGGACACGCCUCUAUACUGGUACAGUUUGAUGGACUGACUGUACUCACUGACCCAAUAUGGGGAGACAGGUGCGGGCCGCUUGGAAUUAUGGGUCCGAAGAGAUAUCGCCCGCCCCCGUGCAAGAUUGAGGAUAUCCCACACGUGGAUGCAGUUGUUAUCAGCCAUAAUCAUUACGACCAUCUUAAUCACGAAUCGGUGGUCAAACUGAACCGGAAGUUUGGCGACAAGCUACAUUGGUUUGUCGCUAUAGGUCAAGCCGACUGGAUGAGGCAGUGUGGGUGUAAAAAUGUAGUGGAGCUAACAUGGUGGCAAGAACACACUCUUGCCAAAGAUGGUAAACAGUACAUGUUUGCUGCAACCCCAGCACAGCAUUGGUGCAAGCGAACAAUAUCGGAUACAAACAAGGCACUAUGGUGUAGCUGGGUUGUUAAAGGUCCAAAACACAGUUUUUACUUUGCUGGAGACACAGGUUACUGUUGUGCUUUUAAACAGAUUGGGAACAAAUAUGGUCCAUUCUCAUUGUCAGCCAUACCUAUAGGAGCGUAUGAGCCAAGAUGGUUCAUGAGACCACAGCACGUGAAUCCGGAGGAGGCCGUCAUUAUGCACGAGGAAUUAAAGUCAGAGAAAUCUGUAGGGAUACAUUGGGGGACAUUCAGACUGACAACAGAGCAUUACAUGGAGCCUAAACAGAAGCUAAGUGAUAUAGUGAAAGAGAAAGGUUUAGAUUCAGGAUGUUUCUUCACAGUGAAGCACGGAGAAGUUGUGACGUUGACAGACGAACAUGUGACAUCUUGAUGAACAUUUAGUGUUAGGAGUUUCCAUUUAUUUUAAUGUCUACAUUUAAAGCGGCCUUCAGCUGCUAUUUUUUGUUGCAAAAACAAUUCUGUGUUGUUUCAAACUAAGUAUUUCAGUAGUUUUAGUAGUUUUAUCUUGGAAUCAUAUCACUGUUUAGCUUCAAAACAGGGUCCCGAGAACUAUUUAUAACGCAUCGGCGACGUUCGUUUCUAAAACAACGAGUCGUCCUAUUUGUUUUUAUUUGUAUUUUAUUGUCGGCAAAUUUUCAUUUUCCAUCUAAAUUCUUUUCAUUUUCCACCUAAAUUCUUUUGGAUUUGACAAAUUUAUGAAACGAUUUGUCUAAAAAACAACUUGCCCCUUACCGCUGUAGGUUCGAAUUCCUAAUGUGAGGAAGCUAUCUUGCUAGCUUACGUAACGUCGGUGGUUCUACUCAGGUUUGCGUCCGUGCCUGAAAUAAUGCUCGGAAGGGCAACUGAGGUCUUCAUUCACCAGUAAAGCUGGAAUGUCGCCAUAUGACAUAUACUGUGUCGGUGUGACGUAAAACCCAAUCAAGCAAACAAACAAAAUCUAAAAAUAACAUAUUUAACCUUCGGUAAAAAGCUGAAGGCUCCUUUAAGAUACAAUAUUAGUACGACAAACAGACAUGUGACAUAAUAAACAAAAUAAGCAAAACCAUUACUUUUGGUAAAUAAGGAAUUUUUACGGAGAGCUGUGACAACAAAAUCAACAUGACAUAUAUACAAAACUAAUACAGUAUGGUUUGAUAUGAAAAAUGUUUCAUGUUUUAGUUUCGAUACAUGUUAUUUAUUCACUGUUUUGGUUACGAUGCAUGUUAUUUAUUCACUGUUUUGAUUUUAAUGCACGUUAUUUAUUCAUCACUGUUUUGGUUUAGAUGCAUGUUAUUUAUUCACUCAGGGAAACAACGUGAAUUUGUUAUUUUGACAGAAAAAUAUGUGCCUAAAUAUCUUAAAGUUCCAUAAAGCCUGAAAAACGUUAUAUUUUUAAUUUUCAAAAACUUUGUAUUUUUGGUGCACUAUUCGAUCAUUGACCCUCGUUUUGCCUUUUGGCAGUUGAACAGUCAUAAUGAUUUGUUACUCGUUGUGGAAGUCAAAAUGCCUCUUUGUUUACAUUUUACUUCCUUUAUCAUAAAUUAUUUCACAUUCAGAGCUAUUUUUCAAGUCAUAAGUAUCUUACAUAAUUAUAUUGUUCUAAAUCAAUUAUGACAACAUUAUAAAACACGCGUUUGCUCUUUCUAUAGAUACAAAAAUAUGAGACUUCAUGUGCCUUUAAUGUAUUUUUUGUCUAGGUAAUUUAUUCAGGUCACGAUGACAUAAAUAUAAAUCAACUUGUAUACAGUGAUAAAAAGUCACAUAAAUGUUUGUACAUUAAGAAUAUUCUAUUUAUACAUUGAUAUAAAAAGUGUAAUUAAUAUCAAAUAAAUAUAUGAGCCGCGUCACGACAAAACCAACAUUAUGGGUUUGAGACCAGCAUGGAUCCAGACCAGACUGCGCAUCCGCGCAGUCUGAUCAGGAUCCAUGCUGUUCGCUAUCAGU